GCGAUGACGAGAGUGGUAUCCGUCCUCCCGACCACAGCUUCGCAUCGCCCUCCGGUUGCCACCUUUGCCCGUCUCGCAUCGACAACGCCAUCGACAACGCCGGCGCCCCAAUUGCCGAUUGUGCGUACGUUCUUAUCGUCAUCGCGCAUUGCACACGAACAAGCACACCCACGCACACACCCACGCACACAACCACACCCACACCCACACGCACGCGCACACGACGACUGCACACCCUCGUCCUGCUCUGGCGCAGUUGCUGCACCUUAGGUACCUUUGAGGAUGCGCUUCGGCAAGACACUCCGCCAAUCGGUCUAUGCGCCCUGGGCGGACAAGUACAUCGAUUAUGCCAAGCUGAAGGGCAUCUUGCGCGAGGACAGGUUCGACGACGAGGACGAGCCAUGGACCGAGGACGACGAGAAUCGCUUCUGCGACGAGAUCUUCAAUGUGCAGCUCGAGAAAGUCGCCCAGUUCCAGGCUGAGAAGGUCGAUGACCUGCGCCGCCGCGUGGACAGCGCAUUCGAGAAGCUCAAGGAGCUGCCCGCCGCCCCCGACGCCGCCGCCGCCGCCGAGGAAGGCCAGCCGAAGAGGCCCGCUGUCGACCCCGGGCAGCUCAAGGAGCUCGAGGGCGAGCUCGACACCAUCACCAACGAGAUCAAGGAGCUGCAGAAGUACAGCAACCUCAACUACACGGGAUUCCUCAAGAUUGUGAAGAAGCACGACCGGAAGCGCGGCGACCGCUACAAGAUCCGCCCCAUGAUGAUGCUCAGCCUGUCGAGGCGGCCCUUCAACUCGGAGCAGGCCUACCGGCCGCUGCUCAACAAGCUGUCGCUCAUGUACUUUGCCAUCCGCCAGCAGCUCGAGGAGCCCGGGUCGGCCGACGGCUACGGUUACCCCGUCGAUCCCGACAGCCAGCCGGAGAUGCACAACGGCGAGAGGUACACGGCGCACAAGUUCUGGGUCCACCCGGACAACCUGCUCGAGGUCAAGACGUACAUCCUCCGCCGCCUGCCCGCCUUGGUCUACAGCGAGCAGUCGGCCAACGAGGUGGACGGGCAGCAGGAUCCGACCAUCACGUCUCUCUACUUCGACAACCCCCGGUUCGACCUCUACCUGAACAAGGUCGAGCGGAAGACGGAGGCGUCGUCGGUGCGCCUGCGCUGGUACGGCCAGCUCAGCUCGCGCCCGGACAUCUUCCUGGAGCAGAAGCUGGUCCACGACAACGGCAGCAGCGAGGAGCGCAAGUUCGUCAUCAAGGAGAAGUACGUCAAGCCGUUCCUGGACGGCGAGUACGGGAUGGAGAAGUCGGUGCAGAAGAUGGAGAGGACGGGCCGGACGGCCGACGACGUGGCCGCCUUCAAGUCGACCGCGGACGCCAUCCGCGACUUUGUGCGCGCCAACAAGCUGGAGCCGCUGCUGCGGGCCAACUACAAGCGCACCGCCUUCCAGAAGCCGGGCGACGACCGCGUGCGCAUCUCGAUCGACACCGACAUCGCCUUCAUCCGCGAGGACACGCUCGACCGGGCCCGGCCCUGCCGCGACCCGAAGAGCUGGCACCGCGCCGACAUCGACGACGGCAACAUGACGUACCCCUUCGGCAACAUCAACCAGUCCGAGGUCUCCCGCUUCCCCUACGCCGUCCUCGAGGUCAAGCUGAGGGAGGACGGCCGGGGCAAGCGGCCGUCCUGGGUCGAGGACCUGAUGGGCUCCCACCUCGUGCACCCCUGCCCGCGCUUCUCCAAGUUCGUCCACGGGACGGCCUGCCUGUUUGAGGACUACGUCAACCGGCUGCCCUUCUGGCUCUCGGACCUCGACACCGACAUCCGCAGGGACCCCCAGGUCGCCUUCGAGGAGGAGGAGUCGCGGCGCGCCCAGCGGGCCGAGAACGAGCAGGUGGUCGGCAGCCUCCUCGGCACCAGGGUCGGCAGCGGCGGCGGCGGCGGCGGCGGCGGCGGCGGCUUCGGCUCCUACAAGCCCUCGCGCAGCUCGCCCGUCGCCAAGUCUUACCUCGCCGACCGCGCCGCGGCCGACGCGUCCCUCGCGCGGACCCCCUCCAAGUCGGCGGCAGACUUUGCCCGCCGGAGAAGAAGCAGCGCAGCCACGGCCGCCGGCCACGCGGACGAGACGGGCGAGCCGAGCACGGCCCGCGGCGGCCGGCCGGAGCGCCAACAACCGCCAGACGAGCAGGAGAGCCGCCGCGGCCUCAACUACGGCACCCUCUCGUCCGUCUUCCCGAGCUUCUCCUCCCUAUCCAAGUACGCGCGGGCCAAGCAGGCCCGCGAGGGCGCGCGGCGGGGCAGCCUCGCGUCGUCGUCGUCGACGUCGUCGUCGGGCGGGGGGAGGCCCUCCUCGCUCCCGCCCGGGGUGGUGGAGCCGACCGAAUGGAUCAAGAACGCGGGCCCGCUGCAGAUCGAGCCCAAGGUGUGGCUGGCCAACGAGCGCACGUUCCUCCGGUGGCAGCACGUGUGCGUGCUGCUCGGCGGCCUGGCCGUCAGCCUCUACACGGCCGCCGCCGCCCGGGGCAACGCGCUGGCCCGGGCCGUCGGCGCCGCCCUGCUCGCCGUCGCCGUCUUCGCCGGCGCCUGGAGCUACUGGGUCGUCGUCCGCCGCCGCAACAUGAUUGUCCAGCGCAGCGGCAAGGAUUUCGACUUCCUCUUCGGUCCCCUCGUCGUCAGCUUCGCCCUCGCCGUCGCCCUCGUCGUCAACUUUGUCCUGGCGUACCGUCGGGCUUUCGAAGAGGGCGUGCUCGGUGAUGGUGGCGGCCGGCCCGUGAUGGGAGCCAACGAAAGCGUAGGUGGGGAGAUGGGUGAGUUGCGGAUAUGAGUUGGCGGCGUGAGCUUUUGUUGGUUGGAAUGAGAAGAUGGGUGCGGUAACUAGAUAGAUAACCUGAGUUCGAUGGGAAAAAAGUGCGAGAUUGGGCACGGCAACAAGGGGGGGCGGGCGUACUUAUGGGUUCUCGGUCGAGGAUUCUAUCGGCUUGUUCAUCUCAUCAUAGGUAUCACGGUAGCGGGCAUAAUGGCUUUUGGUUAGGGACUACGCUGCAGUUUCCGUGUGUGUCAGCAGUUUGAAGAAGAUUCGAGGGCGCUCACCCAAGGUCGGCAGUCGUCUGGACU